AUGGCUCCCAAUGCAUCCUGCCUCUGUGUGAACGUCCAUCUGGAGGAAGGGGAAUUGAUGACCUUCACCGCCAACCUCAGUGACAGAGUAAAGAAGAUCAAUGAACACGUCCGGUCCAAGACCAAGGUUCCUGUGCAAGACCAGCUACUCUUUCUGGGUUCCAAAACCCUAAAGCCCGAGAGAAACCUUUCAUCCUAUGGUAUUGACAAGGAGAAGACCAUCCACCUCACCCUGAAGGUGGUGAAGCCCAGUGACGAGGAGCUCUCCAUGAUGCUGAUAGAGUCAGGUGACGGAGGGCAGAGGCACCUUCUUCAGGUGCGCCGGUCCAGUGCAGUGGCCCAAGUGAGAAAACUGAUCGAAAUGAAGACCGCUGUGCCCCCUGAGGCCCAGAUCGUGAUUUGCAAUGGAAAGAAACUGGAAGAUGGAAAGACUAUGGUGGAUUAUAAUAUAAAAAAUGGCAGUAUUCUCUUUCUGACAAAAUAUUACAUUGCAGGCUGA